CACUUUCUUUGGCUUUGGUGCCAUCUGCGAGAACCAAUGGCAGCCAAUCUACCUAUUUCGGCUCUCCCAUUUGUCUCUGAUACAGCGCCUGUCGAUCUGGAGUCUUAAAACCUCUUUGGAACGUGGGGUUGUGCUUCGCGAUGACGGGCCCCACCAUUGAAGAUGCUGCAGCCAUCGUAUUGCUCCUGAAACGACCGUCAAUCUUCACUCGUGCCGACUAUGAUACCUGGAUACUGCGACACAUCCUGCGUCCACUUGCGCCUGCAGAGUUAGACGAUGAUAAUGUGGAAGUUGUGGAGGUUACGACCGAUUCUCACCAUUUGCCAUGGACACGGCAUUCCCUUUCGGAAAACCCGGACAGCCCACUAUCCCCCGACCACUCUCUAUCGCCACCUUUGCGAUCGAUCUCUUACGAUCCCAUUGUCCCAUCUCCCUUGCGUACGCCUGCGCGGCGGUCAUCUCCCCAAGAUCGACGCUUUCGCAUUACGCCAGAAACUCGAAUCUACUCAUUCGCGGCUCGCUAUCGAAUGGUGUUUGUGGUGGACAUUACACCUUCCAUGUCGGUCAUUGACGAUAGCAGUGGGAAAGCCAAGGCGCUGAUAUCUGUAGCUUUUGAAACGCUCUGCAAGUGCCUAGACGGAAUAUGUAGACCGUUUUCGAUGAAGAGCACAAUGCGCGAUGGGACCUAUGAUGUCGAGCCGGUUAUAUAUGUGACGGUACUGGCUGAAUGCGGAACUUCCUAUUUUCGCAGUGAGCAAAGCCCGUUAGCAGCAGACUUCAGUCGGACGUACCCGACUCGCGUACUGCUGCAGGAAGUUGUGGUGACCCGGAACAACAUGGAAGCGGUUGCUGAGAGACUUUACGAUGCGCUCAAUGCUUAUGAACACGAUCUCGUACAGCAGCGACAAAGAGACACUCGAUCACAAGCGGCCGCCUCUGCUGAUUGGGAGACUCAGGACAACAUUGGGCCACUUGAUGAGGCAGGUUUUCUAAUGGCCGACACGGCAGAGUACGCGAGCCUUCCGUCGAGGCCGAUUGGAGCCAAUCUGGAUACUACUCCGUCGGAUAGCGUUUUCAAGGCAGUAAACAGAGGAUUAUUUGCAUUAAACCUCCUGCCAGAGGACUGCAUGUCGGCAUUGGUAGUCAUUACGGACGGUGUUGUUAGCCCAGCGGGAGCUGGGGAGCAAAUUGCGCGAGACUGCUGUAGAAAGCUAUCACGCGAAAAUGCAGUAUUCACUAUCAUCCAAGUCGGGGCAGGAGAUGGAUAUACGCCAGGGACCAAUUUCGGUCAUGUCGCCGAUAACGAAUUUUUACGAUUUCUAGGUAUUGCGGCUGCCGGAACGUUUCUAUACGGAGCGGACUGUAACUAUUUGGAUGGUGAUAGUAGUCCAGCCGAUUCUCCUCCACCUCCGAAUUUCUAUCACCGCCACCUCCUUUUUCGCGAUGGUUCCCUGACGAAAUCGGGCACAGAAUACCGGUAUCGGGUAGUGAAUGGAAGUCGGCGGGAACGGUCAGUUGACUGCCCGCGAGGUCGACUCUUGAACGCCAGUGUUGAUACUACCCAAAACAUAUCACUGGAGGAGCUGUCAUUCCCGUGGGAUCCCACCAGUAAACCUCCCCUCGUUGCCGAGAUAUUAUGCGGCUAUCGUGAUUACACUCUAAAUAUCAAUCUGGAGUAUAUAAUCUCUGCCCGCCUACAUGAGGGCUUUGUUUUAAGUAGCGUGCAUGUGACGCCACGAUCAAAUCGGCCCGACAAAGUCGAAGUCAUCCUUACAAUGCCUUGGUUCACAAACGUUACCGUCAUGUAUACAAUCAAGACCACCUGGACAGCGACAGACCGACCGCUAUUGACGGGUAGAUCGCAGAAACUCCCAAGGAUCGAAUUGAAUAUUCUUGCACAGCAUGCAUUUGCGAUUUUAUUCAUCAAUGCCCAGAAUUUGGAGCAAAAGAACACUUUUAAUCAUGCAAUCGAGGAGAAGCUGGUCAAACUGCAUGCCUUCCUAAGGAGAAUCUAUGAAACAGAUGAUUCUUUCAAGGUGCUGGCAUCUUACAACACCAAAUAUGCCCUCUCAGUGAUUCCGCAGACUGAGCAGCGAAUGUUUCCUUUAACCACCGAUAAUGCCCUUGGUCUUAUGACCUCAUUUGGUGGGAGACCGGCAACUGGCUCACCGGGAAACGGUAGUCACGGAACAAACACUCCGAACAAUUACUGGCAAGUGCUCGCACAGAUAAUGACAAGCAAAUGGGAAUCCUUUUAUGAGUGGACUUGUGAUGUAAUCCUGAGAUCGACAUCUACGGGAGGGGAAAGUCUGAGAAGCACCAAGCGACAGGUUGCCACGAUUUACCUCAAUGAUCACUUGACAUCGGAAUGGUGUACUUUUGCGGUUGGGAAAGGGCGGUUUUUAAAGUUCGUACAAAGAGACGGGGACAGUCCUGCUCACGAAAUCGAUACUGAAGGUGGCAAAACCGUAAAGGAAAUCCCCUCUGGCUUUUGUAUUUUAUCGCUGGCGUCAGAAAAUGAAUGCCUUACCACACUUCAGUUGGCAUUCUUUGGGAUGGAACCGGCGGAAAGGUUGGGCAUGAUAACGGAGUUGAUUCAAGGCGUCCGGAAUAUCAGUCACACCAUGAGGACGUCCGGGGCUACCUUCCAACCCCUCAUCGUCUGCCAAAAACCGGUACGACAGCUUCUGAUAGUGUACCAGCCUGGAGAGGAGGGCGAACUUGAAGAGUCCCGUACUGAGCGAAUACUGGAGGAGCCGAUUAAAGUUGUUCGAACACCUCCCGAUUCUGAACCUCCAUCUCCUGCUUCGCGACUAGCCAGCGCCAUCGAAGCAGUCGAAGCGCGAUACUUGUCCGAUCCGGGUUUAAAGGCCUAUCUUCGCAAUCAGCGGUGGGUGUGGCUUACAGAUGUGGAAGUUGAUAAACUUGAUCUGAAUAUUGGCGACGAUCGGAUGCCUGUACAUCAAUUAGCCUUUCUCCUGAUGUAUCGCAAGAGGGUUGAAGAGGGAUUCGUUACCAUCAGCGAGACACCGGAAUCCUUCACAAUGUAUCGUGAAGUUGAGAUUCGGAAACGGAAGGCAAUUCGAGCCGAAGCCGAUCCGCAGCAGCUGGAACAGGAGCCCAACACAAUCUGUGCUGUGCAGUUUGUUCUCAUGAAAGAUGACAAAAAUAUGAACGUCAUAACUGAGCUGUGGGUAGAACCGAUCGUCGAUGGUCCGGCUGGGUCGGAGGUGGCGAUAAGUGAUACCCUGGGUAAUAUGCCGGUAGCGGCGUUAUUCAAGGAGCAUUAUGACAAGUUAGCGGAUACAAUGCUCGAGGAAGAUCACGACCUGUUUAACAAGCUAUUCACGUUUGAUAAAAUUCAUGCAUUGGGCCGCGCGGGUGGUGGAAGCCCGGAAAAUGACAACAAACCUGUUGGACGCUCUAAACGGUUUGCGUCUGCUCGCGGCUUUACCGCCGUUACGACCAAGUUUGCCCUUGGAUACGUGCUAGAAGACGCAGAGUUUGCUACAAUGGCGUAUCAUUUUCCUGCGGUGUGUGAAGGCGAGUGUGAAGAGCUACCCAAGGGAGCGUUGUCUCCUGCGAUCAGUGGCGUAUUGGCGUCCCCUGCAAAUGGGGCCAUGUCACCGUCCCCAACACCAGGGCCUUUUACAUCUAGCAGCGACAUGAUCGCAGAUAUAAUGUCUUUGCGUGGAGAUCGAUCCGGCACGCCAUCUUCAAAUAAUUUGCUAGAAAUUACCACACCUGCGAAUUUGAGCCGUGCCCCUAGCCAUGCCGGUCUUUUGCGGGCCCGAGGUGGCGACCUUAGCUUAACCGUGAACAUACCAUCGCGUAAACCAGAGGUGCAGGAAAGCACGGCGGUGCCCAAUCCUGGCUAUUGGCUGAGUCUCGAAGCGGUGUUUUUAGCGACAACCAGAAGGAGCAGGAUCAAUCUGGCCCUUUGCAGAUAUCUAGAGCGGAUGAUUGGUUUGAUUGCUGAUGGAGAGAUUCUGCUGGGUGAUGGGCAAGUGGGAACGACCUCAACUAGCGGAGGGGUAGAACACUCCAAGGAUUUGCUGGAACGGGUUAAAGAAACGAUAGAGAAAAUCUCUGAUGACAGCAAGGAAAACUUUCCCGACAUCCUCCUGCGACCCAUUACAGAUUCCAAAUGUUUUGUUAAAAUCCGGGAUCCGCACAGCUUUGUGCUUGUGUUCCUGCCCCAUUAUCCGCUUGAACCAUGGUCGAAAAAUAAAAGACAAGGAUCUGGAGUGCUAAAGAUGCUGAAUACAGAGGUUAACAUGGAGGGGCAAGAAUCGGAGGCUACAGAGGACGAGACGUCUCCCCAGUAUCUAGCGCUGACUGUCGUGGAGUGCGUUAGAGCGGGGUUGCCAAGCAGCGGCAUCCCUAUUACAGAUGAUCCUCCCUUUCAGCCCGUCGCUCCUAAGAAAGGAGGGUUGCAGGAUUAUAGGAUCCGCACAUGGACACCGUCAACUCAGGAUAAGGCACUAGUUGACGGAUGUGUCUUGGCGGAAGGCUCGACCCGCGGCUUUUAUUGUUCAAGCAGUCGUAACUCUUCCCAUGAGUCGUCUAUUGCGGACGCUUCGGCGAGCGAAACCGGAAAUGAUACCCUUUCUGAAUACGCUCAACAGUUCCUAUCACAACUAAAUAAUGCAUUCGCUUCUGCGUUUACGAAAUCGGUGUAUGCCGCACUAUUACAGGGUUAUGAUGUGGAGACUAAAGACUUGCAAAGAGCAGUGGUGGCUUGCGUCGAGACAAGCAUCGAUAUCGAUAUUACAGGCUAUUUGAAUGUGCGGAUCUUGAGCGAAAGAAGAAGAUUGAGCAGCAUCGACAAUAGCGACAACAGGGGAGGAACUGGGAAAGAAGAGGGCAGUGAGAAGGAUGUUCAGGAGCUCUUUCGUGAAGUGCUGGCAGAGUACUUCAGUCCAGUCCCGUCAUCAACUGUUACUCAGGGAAACGUUUACUUUUAUCGUCCGCUGGUGAAAAGUGUUUCUCAACCUGAGGCUCCUCCAUCAAGGUCUAAUACAGGAUCCACCCUCAAUCUGUUCGCUACCAGUACGAGCGCCCCACCGCAUCAACCUGUGCCAGUCAGUAGUCAAUCUUUUGGCCCUGCUACAGGUCGAAGACGCCUGACGCCGGAACAGUCAUCCUCGACCAUGCCUUUGGGUCCUUUGCAGUUUAAUACACUGUUCAAGAACCUUGAGUGUGCGGAAACACCGCUGUUUAUUCGCACCGAGUGUUCUUUCCGAAAGCGGACUGUGUCGGAUGCCGAACAUUCUCAAAUUCCUGUUACAGAUCUUCCCGGAUCGUACCGAUUGGGAAAUGAGAAUUCAAUGACUACAGAGACCACAGAGGUGUUGGAUUUCACUCCAGAGGAUAUUGGAACGUCUGUGAGCCCGAUAGAAAGUGGCGAUGGGACGAGAGCGGUGUUACAUUUGGUGUGCUUAACUAUCCCGCAAAGUUUGCGGGUGGACUCGCCGAUAAAAAGUGGUGGCCUUCGUCAGGGAUCCGACCAGGAUAGUAUCCUGCUCAGCCCAAGCCGGGAAAGUGGAACCGGAAGCGACAUUCACGAAGCGUUAGGAUCGCACGCGGCAUUGAAUGAGCAAUCCCCUCCUUCGUUGACAACAGAUAAAGAGGUAGUCUUACAAGAAACGGCUCGUAAAAUCGAGGCGUUACUGGAAGAUGAAAUUAUGCACGCGCUUCUGGAGUUUCACCCGGUACAGGCCUCGACAGUUCGACUUAUCGAAGGCAUUUUACGAAAGAGACAUGGUAUCAAUGCGGCCGUUGAGGAUGAAGGGUCCAGCCCUGUUUUUGCUGCUACAGAAUCUGGUCCUAGCUUGGCAUUGAACUUUCCUUUAGUUUUUAUCAGCCCAACUGUAGGGGUCCACAUGUUCCAAGAUGAACUUGAACAAAAGAAUCUAGGCGUUGGCGGAAUGCAAAGACUUGGGGACUUGUUCUGUGUGGUUGACGAAUUAUUUGUGGACAGCCAUGAAGCUGAGAGAAAUGAGUUGAGUUUGGAGGAUGAGGAUAGAGCGGCCUCCAACGUGCACGGACUCGGAAUCUCGCUGGACGGAUUGAAGAGCGAGUCAAGCAAACCUCUGGACAAGGUGGACAAGGAAGGAACAAUGUCACCGGUCAGAGAGGAUGACAGAACCCUCAAGGGCCAGGGGUCGUCUAAGCGGCGCAAAUUCUGGCUCAUUGUCACAGUGGCUGGACAGUCCGCGCAGGUGCAUUUCUUCUCGAAGCGUGUAACUGGAUAUGACAGAUUGGCUAUUGUUCGCACGGUACGCCAAGGUGUGACGGACUGCUGUGAGCGGGUUAACCGGCUUUAUCUCUUAAAGCGCCUGAGUGAGACGCAUACUGCCAGUAAGUACCUUAUCGCUCCGACAAAUCAGGAGGAUGAGUCUGCACCCGGACAGUUGCGUAUCCGACCAAGGGACGAUGACGACCUCUCAUCGAGCCCUUCUCCUCCGGAACAUGGACCUGGCAAUCGCUUCCCAGUUGGCCGCUUUGCCUGUCCUCUAGUCUUCCGCCAUAGCUUUCCACUCCAUUGGCGGCUUCGUCCCCACCAAGCGUUGAGCAGCAUCGUUGUUGCCCUAGAAGCAUUCGGAAUAGUCAAUAGGAAGAACAUGCUGGUGUUUGCUGCCAAAGGAUCUGUCUUUUACAUGAAGAUGUCUGUUGAGGAACUGGAUCUGGAGAAGGAGAGGGAUCAAAAGUCCGAGGCUGCGCCAUUGUCGGCAAGCCUGAGCGAAGGGCUUGGAACCACAGUUCGACCGGGACUAUCGGAUUCCCCAAAAGGACAAAACUCGCCUCUAAUGAGACGCUCAACCAUAUCCAGUUUGGCGCCGCCGUCUGUCGUAUCUGGAGCUCCCUCGACCGGAACGUCUCGGUCCCCAGAUUGGGCGCUCGUACUGGAGGUGUUCGGAGUGGAUAGACCUGGCCCACAAAUCACAAAUGAGUUUGUAAAUAUGGUGGAAGUGAAGAUCAAUGCUCUUACCCAACAUGUUCUUGGGACCUUUUUAGCCAGAAAUGUUACGUUAAAGUUGACUCGAGCGGAUUUGGACUUUAUUCUACCCGCGGGCCGUGGCUGUGGCCCCAUUCGGCGUGAAUGGUUCAAAUUGCCUACACUGGUGAGAAGCCCGUACGUGUUUCUGCUGCUCCUUCGACAAAAUUUAUUGUCGUGGUUGCACGUUCUUGGCGGUGCGGAUGUGGUGUCCAGUCUGAGAAAACAUUAUGGUGCCACGUUUGGAUGGGCGGACAGGGCCGUUGACAAUCCUCAAGGGAAACGUACAUAUGAAGUGCAGCUAUCCGACUUUUCAUUUUUGUAUAAUUGUAUUCCCACCCGAAAUCCGACUGCCACAGAGGCGACGGUGGGCCAAGGAAUCGCUUCUAUAUGCUUGGCACUACUGGACCAUGAGGGACGCGUCAUGGUGGAAGCACCUGGCGUCGGUGCCGAAGGAGGAGUGGAGGGGACAGUGACCACUGGUGAGCUACUAGAACAUGUAGAAUGGAUGCCCGCUCAUCACAGCGGCCAGGAGGAUGCAACUGAGUGGAAAGGGUAUAAGCUUAUUGCAGACAUUUGGUGCCAGGGCAGCAUCAACUUGGAUGGGCUUGCUGGGCGGUUGGACACCGCCGUCCGCAACACGCUGAUGGAUUACAUGGUUGAAGCAACAGUUGGAAGAUUGAAUGCCGGCGCGAAGGAUUCUCCUCUACAGUCUGCCCCAGAGUUGUAUGUGGACACUGUGCAAAGCCCCACGGGAUCCCUGGUCUCCCCAUUUUCUGCCACGGAUUCGGAAUCCCAACUGAAGAAUGAUCAGUGUGAGGAGAAAACUCCAGAGGCCGAUACGGUCCCUGUGGAUGACUUUUCAGAGUUUUACGGGACACUUUGCCAGGUUCUUCAACGGGCCGCAGAUGCUGGGACGCCCACAGUUCAACACUUGACAUCACCUGUUAACCUUCCUUCUUGGAUUAUUGAAGAGUUUGCUGCAGAGGUCAAUGAUCUUUUGACGGGCAAUGGUGCUAUGCUGACUCCCGUCAUGCUAAGAAGGGUACUCAAGUCAACCAUUGAAGGCCAAAACGAGUUUGAGGUUCACCGGCCUACCAAACGCACCUAUGGCGCGACUUUUGACAAUGACGGCGUUGAAGGAAAGGACUUGUAUGUAGCGAUCGUUGGCUUGAAGGAUCUCCAUGCGCGAUAUGGGCCGUGGCGCCCACGGUUCCCGUCUGUGGUAGACAGAAAGCAGUCGUUCGACUCGGAUUCAUCAGGGCCGUAUAGCUCGAGCACCGCAGCAAUGAUGACCUUUGGAACGGUUAAUCCUAGCGUGUCAACUGGAGUAAACGCAGCUCGUGGCCCGCAAGAGGACUCGGCAUCGGAAAGUGCAACGACAGUUUCAUUUCCGCCGCAUCACCGACGCCCAUCUAGGGGUUUCCAAGCUGCAACUCUAGCGACAUCUUCCGGACCCAAAUCUCCGAUGGAUGAAGUCGUGUUAUUUUCUGGUAACCUGCAUCCCGCCGUAUUGGAGUUGGGGAGCAGGAGCAGUUUUCUAGUGCUAUCCAUGGAAAACGAGCAACUCGGCGUUUUUACAUAUAACUGGAAUCGUGCGUAUUGCGAUCUAGUAUUCAGCCAGAUUCUGCGGAUAUUGAGCUGGAACAACCUGCGUAUUCAAUUUUUGGAAAAGGAGUUUGCUUCGUUGCAACAAUUGGGAACAACGCGUCAGCUUAAUUUCAGAGUACCCAAGCAAAGGUCAGAUCCAGAGCAGCCCGUGCCUGCAAGCUACGGAGGAGAUUCUGUGGCUAUGGCCAUGGCGACGCAUUUUGCUCAAAGGACUGUGACGACACCUGGAACACCCAUGGUGGAAAAGGGCACGUCGGGCGCUGUGGUCACGACAACCGAUGCGGGAAUUCGGGUUGGAUACGGCAUGGACGUGGAUACUUUGCAAAAACAUGCUGUAGAAUUUCUGGACUGGUUUGUGCGGCACAUACGUAUGAACCGGCGCGAUGGUGGUCUUUCUGCCGGGCACUUGACUCCUUCGGUCCCAUCCGUGUUUACUGGUCAGGGGGAAGGUGACCGGCCUGACAGUGCAGGUGGUAAGGGUACCACGGGUCCAGUCUUUAUUAGUGCGUCUGACAUGGCGGAGAUAUUGCGCUCCGUUCGGUUGUUGCACUUUGUAAAAUACCCUCUGUUGUUUACGGAAAUUCGUGACCAGCUUUUGGGUCAAUCUCUCAAUCUGCCUUCAAGCGGAAUACCAGGAAGUUUGGAUACGCCCGUAGGAAAGGAGCUGUCAUCUGCUACUGCACCAACCCCUCUGCUCUCCAAUGCCAGUCAGGCCACUUCGUCGGGAUGGAUAAACUCAAAUUCAGUUGACGAUGAGACGACGAUGCGGUGGUAUCGCGAAUUGAUCGAUACUUAUUUACGGGAUUACGUUGCAUAUCUACGGCAUUUAGGGCUUGAUACUGUGACUAGUGGAACUGGCGGCACUUUGUUUGCGGCUUCUUCGAGCGUCACGCCGAAAUUCUGGAUUUCAAAUCGUCUCUGUGUUGAUGCAGAUGUAACGUAUCUCGUGCGCUGGUUUAGCACUGGGGUUUUGAUUGCGCAGGUUGGCGUGGACGGGAUUUUUGGUUGCGUUAACCUGUACACUCUGAGCUAUUCAGAGGGCAUUGGUGGGCAUGUGGAUGCUGCAGUCGAGGCGCGAGAGAAGGAUCAAAAGGACGCAUCGGACGAUUUUAUGAGUGCGUGUGCAAAUCUAAAGGCCCUUGUUCAUGUUAAUUCAUAUUCGUACGAUUUCCAUUUGAGAUAUUUUCAAAAUAUCUUGGAACGUCGCGUACGACAGCCAACUCCGGUGGAUCUUCUCUUGGUGAUGAAGGCUUUUAUGCUCUUCAACCCGCGUAAAGCCAAUUUUGCAUGUUCCCGGAUUCAUCAUGGGUCUUGCGCCAUUGAUGAUGGCCAAGUAUCGAGUUCGCUGUUCCAGUAUAUUCUCAAGAACCCAUUGCGCUACGGGUUUUUCCCUAUUGUUUACCAGGGCCAGCCUAUCGCGUGCUCUCUUACAUCCACUACGCCAGAUUUCAGCCGACCUGGAAGUGGCACCUUUGACGAUGCCGUCGAGGGUCCAGAGACUGUAUACACUAUCGUGGUGUAUUCGACUGUUGAAGACAGUGCUACGGAUACUGCCACGCUCCGUGAAGAACAACGUGUCCAUCAACGUAAAGGAAGUGCCGGAGCGUCAUCAACGUCCGCUAAACUCAACUUGCGUUAUUUCCUAUUGGUUGUCAAUAUGAAGAACGUCUUCCCGCAUCGUGAUUUGGAUAAUAGUCGGUCAUCUGUUAUGGGAACGGCGAUGAUGUUUGAUCCACUGCAUGAGUAUUUGGCUGGGGGGUAUUACUUGAAGGAUAUUGUGCGGCACGCGGAGCGAAAAGUGGAGCGGUUGGUUGAGCAGGCUCUGCGAUACUAUGGGCGUGAUAAUUUGUGGCGGCAAUUACUAAAAGCCCAAGAUCCUGUUUCCUUGGCAGCCGCCAACCCGGAAUCUCCUGACAGCGCUCCUAUCGAUGACGGGAUGUGUGAAUGGACAAAACUGUUUUUGGAAAAGAUUGCGCCGAAUUCCCGGUCUCUACUUGAUAUCGAUCCAGAUCUCGCAGAUCUGUUCAACAGCCAGGCAGUUCCCUGGCUCAGGCUGCUCGAUUACCUAAAAUCAUACUAUUCCUACACGGCCCGCGAUCUUGUAGAUGACAGCGCGACUGGGCGGCGUCAUUUGGUGCUCUUUAAUCCGCAUAACGGGGACUAUCUGCUCCAUUUCGUGCUGUCACCUGUGCGAUCCGACGUUAGCCCCGUUUCUCCUACAUCUGAAGCCGAUGUGACUUCCCGUCAUGUAGGCGCAUUGAAUCUUUUGCCACUGGCGGCACCCAUACCUUUAUCCCUAGCGGGUGGAAGCGUUGUUGGCACCGAUGAACCUCAAACACCACUAUCAGGGUCGAGCACUGAAGCAUCGAUGGGCGCGAAUAUGUCAGAGGCUCUGAAUCGCAAUCCACUUGAUUCUCGGGACAUGGUGUGUGAAGUCUCUGCGGUCUCUAGAGAGGGAGUGGCGGAUGAAGUGGAGUAUCAGCAUAUCAAUGACGUUGUUAAUACUAUUUCGUUUUGGCUUUGGAGUGAGGUGACCUGUUUUAUGCGCUGAAGAGGGAUGGAGUAGUGGUGGAUGAGUUUUGGGUUAUGGGCUACGUUUUUUUUUUUUUGGUAUAUUGUAUAUAUUUUGGUAGAAUGGUAUUGUGUUGUAAUUAGCAUUUUUUUCUUGAA